AUGGGCAUUGGGGUGAACAAGUCUCCACUCUCCGGUCCAGAUUCCGAUCACCAUCACCAUCGACCGAUCGUCAUGGCCGCUGGCGACGGCGAGCCGGACCCGGCGGUGCAGCAGCGUCCGCAGCUGCAGUCGAAGAAAGUGUGCGUGGUGGGCGGCGGCAUGGCCGGCCUGGCGGCCGCGCGCGAGCUGCGGCGAGAGGGCCACGCGGUCACGGUCAUGGAGCAGAGCGGCGACGUCGGCGGGCAGUGGCUGUACGACCCGACGACCACCCACGGCGUCGUGCCCAGCAGCGCGUACGCGUGCCUCCGCCUCCGCACCCCGCGGGAGGCCAUGAGCUUCUCCGACUUCCAGUUCCUUCCCAGGGACGGCCCCAGCCGCGACCCGCGCCGCUUCCCCGGCCACCGCGAGGUGCACUUCUACCUCCGGGACUUCUGCGCCGCGUUCGGGCUUAUGGACGCCGUCAGGCUCAACACCCGGGUCGUCCGCGUCGCUCCGACGUCGACGACGACGCGUCAGCGUCAGUGGGCGGUGAGGUCCGUGCGGCUCCUCGGCGGCCCGGACGAUGAUGCGCGGGUAGAGGAGGAGGAGGAGGUAGUGUUUGACGCGGUGGUCGUGGCCACCGGUCAGUACUCGCAUCCGAUGCUCCCCAGCGACAUCGAGGGGGUGGGGGAAUGGAGGCGCCGGCAGCUGCACAGCCACUUGUACAGGACGCCGGAGCCGUUCCGCGGCGAGGCGGUGGUGGUGGUCGGGUGCGGGGACAGCGGCACGGACAUCGCGCUGGACCUCCGCCGCGUCGCCAGGGAGGUGCACCUCGCCGCCAGCUCCGAGGGAGCCACGCCGGCCGUGUCGAGGAUGGUGGCCAACCACGGCGACGUGCUGCGCCUCCACCCGCGGGCACGCCGGCUGCACGCCGACGGGCGCGUGUCGUUCGCGGAUGGCUCCUCCGUCGUCGCCGACACGGUGAUCUUCUGCACGGGGUACGGCUACUCGUUCCCGUUCCUGGACACGGGCGGGGCGGUCGCCGUGGGCGACGACGGCUGCGUGGUCGGGCCGCUGUUCGAGCACGUGUUCCCGCCGUCCCUCGCGCCGUCGCUCUCCUUCGUGGGCGUGGCGAGGAAGGUCCUGGUGCCGUGGUUCGUCGAGGCGCAGGCGAGGUGGGUCGCGCAGGCGCUGUCCGGCCGCCGCGCGCUGCCGACGGAGGCAGAGAUGCUGCGGUCUGUGGACGAGCACUUCCGCGCCAGGGAGGCCGCCGGCGUGCCGAGGAAGCACACCCACCACCACAUCGGCGGCAUUGACAAAAUGAUCGAGUUCAUGGAGGAGUACGGCGGCCUGACGCCGAUGGAGGACUGGAAGGAGGAGCUGCUGCUAUCGAGCAUGGCGAGCAUGUGCGACGACCUCGAGACCUUCCGCGACCGCGCCAACGACGGCGAGAACGUCCGGAAGGGCCUGCAGGGAUGGCGCGGCGGCUUAGAUGCUCAGGCUCAAUACAAAACCAUGGAUGCUGCUGCUGAAGCUGAUGGGUUGGCCAUAGAUGAUUAA